ACCUAGCUACCGCUCGCCCUAGCUAGAUCGAUCGAUACAGCUCGCGGCAGCGCCAGCUCCUGCGGUUGCCGACCCAGCAGCGAGCCGGGCCGCUCAAAAUUCGCGCGCACCGCCACGCGGCGUCUCGUGCCCAUGCGGCGGACCACGCCGGCUCGGCGGCGGAGAGCGGCAGCGGCGCGUCACCAGUAGCCUGCCGGACACGGGCGAUCCGCCGCUGCCCGCGCGGGCCUAUGGAUCUGGCCGCAUGGCGGGCUUCCCUCUAGGCGGAGGAGGAGGAGGUGGAGGAGGGCACCACGGCCGCGGCGGCGGCGGCGACCACCACCACCACCACCCCCACGUCAGCCCUUCCUCCGGCUCCGACUCCGCGACCGCCGCCGCCGCGGCCGCCGCGGCUUACCUCUACACGACGGCCGCCGCCGCGCCCCGGGGCGGCGGCUUCCAGCUGUGGCCGCACCACCCGGCGCAGGAGCACCACUUCUACGCGCCCAACAUCAUCCGCUUCGCCGAUGACCCCGCCGCGGGCUCCUCGCGGGGCGGGAGGGGCUCCGCCUCCGGCGCCGGCGCGGGCACCAUCAGCUGCCAGGACUGCGGCAACCAGGCCAAGAAGGACUGCGCCCACAUGCGCUGCCGCACCUGCUGCAAAAGCCGGGGCUUCGACUGCCCCACGCACGUCAAGUCCACCUGGGUGCCCGCGGCCAAGCGCCGCGAGCGCCAGCAGCACCUUGCCACCGGCGCCGCCGAGCCAUCCAAGCGACCGCGCGACGCCGGCGCCCAGCCUUCGUCCACCACAGCCACAACCACUUCCUCGGGAGAGCAGCAGCAGCAGAUGGCCAUGGUGGGCGAGCGCUUCCCGCGGGAGGUGAGCUCGGAGGCGGUGUUCCGCUGCGUGCGCCUGGGCCCCGUCGACGAGGCCGACGCCGAGGUGGCGUACCAGACCACCGUCAGCAUCGCCGGCCACGUCUUCAAGGGCAUCCUGCACGACGUCGGCCCGGACCCGUCCGUCGCGGCGGGCGGCGGCUUCCGCCACGCCGCCGAGGGGUCCUCCCCGAGCACGGCCGCGGCGGGCGAAGGCAGCGUUGCGGGGCCCGUGUCGUCAUCGGCUGUGGUCAUGGACCCGUAUCCGACGCCCGGCCCCUACGGCGGCGCGCCCUUCUUCCACGGCCAUCCGAGGUGAUCAAACGGCCACCUCGAUUGACGGAUAGCUCUUAGCUUGCUUCAUUCCCUUUAGACAUGCUGAUCGCCUUCCAAUCCAUGUCUUGAUAUUUGCUUAUUUUUACUAGAAGUACUAUCAUCAUCGAUCAUUCCCUCUAAAUCAUCAUACUACUGUAGUAGCUAGGCCAUCAGGUUACUUGAAGUAUAAAGCUUUGGACUAGCUAGGGAGCAGUGUUCGUGAUUGAAAAUUUAAAAUCUGAUAUGAUCGACAGUUAGGUAAUAUGGUGCCUUUGCAUUGGGAGAAUGGCUAUCUUGAUUGACACUACUCUUUCCUCUUGCCAUUGUCUCUCUUCCUGCUGCUUUCAUCUGGUUCCAUGGUGGUGAUGAUGCUGUCCCCUGGUGGUGUCUUGCAAACAUACUUGGAUCGAGUACGGGAAGUUAAGGUUGUUUUGCAUAUAUAUUUGCUGAAGAAUAUACACAGUACCAUCUGAUUUCUACUCC